AUGAGUAACAGAUCAUGUCAAAGAGAUCUAGCAACUAUGCUAGGAAUCUCUAAAAGCACAGUUCAGAGGAUGGCCAAGAGGGGAGACAUAAGGCCACACUCAAAUGCCCUUAAACCUGCUCUUACACCAACAGACAAAAAAGAAAGACUCAGGUGGUGCUUAAGUAAACUCAUAGGGGACUCACCAGGCACAAAAAGAGUAUAUCAGAGCAUGUAUAACACAGUAAUGAUUGAUGAGAAAUGGUUUAGCUUGACUAAAAAGUCUCAAAUGGCAUACUUGGAAAAAGGGGAGAAAGGUGCUCACAUAUUUGCUCAAUCAAGCAAAUUUAUCUACAAAUUUAUGUUUAAUGGAGCUGUUGCAAAGCCAUGGUACAAUGCACAAAAGGAAUGCAUCUGGGAUGGGAGGAUUGAUAUAUUCCCAUUCAAAUAUGAAGAGCCAACACAAAGGAAAUCUAAAUACAGAAAGAAGGGAGAAAUGGUCACAAAGGUUGUGGAAAGAAUCAACAGAGAUGAAUCAAGGAAGAUGCUGAUUCAGAAUAUCAUACCAGCCAUUAUGGCAAAGUGGCCAAAUACAGAUCAUCACAACACAAUCUAUAUCCAACAAGACAGUGCUAAGGCACAUACUGCAAUCAGAUCUAGUAUGGAAACAAUACUAUGA